GCGCCAGGCAAGGGGAAAAGGACGGCGUAGCGCAUGCGCCACAUUUAUGUUGUUGUUUGUGGCGGUAAGAUGGCGGCGCUCGGAGACGCCUCAGCUCCGGGGAUGAAUGGGUUAAUACAACAAUUCACAGCGAUAACAGGAGCCACUGAGAGUGUAGGGAGGCAUAUGUUGGAAGCAUGCAACAACAACCUGGAGAUGGCAGUGACCAUGUUUCUGGAUGGAGGACCGGUAGGGAUCGCAGAGGAGCCCAGCACCAGCUCCAGUUCAGCUGCUUCAAGCAGCAGAGCUCCACCUUCAGAUGAAGUACGAGCACCCAUUCCGCAAAAACAGGACAUAUUGGUGGAACCAGAGCCGCUGUUUGGAGUGCCAAAGAGAAGAAGACCCGCUCGAUCAAUAUUCGAUGGUUUCCGAGACUUCCAAACAGAAACAAUCCGUCAGGAACAGGAGCUUCGUAACGGUGCCACAGUGGAUAAGAAAUUGAGCACCCUGGCAGACCUUUUCCGUCCUCCCAUUGAGCUCAUGCACAAAGGCAGCUUUGAGACGGCAAAAGAUUGUGGGCAGCUAGAGAACAAGUGGCUAAUGAUCAACAUUCAAAACGUUCAGGACUUCGCCUGCCAGUGCCUGAACAGGGAUGUUUGGAGUAACGACGCAGUGCGGACCAUCAUCAGAGAACACUUCAUUUUCUGGCAGGUUUAUCAUGAUAGUGAAGAGGGACAAAGAUACAUCCAGUUUUAUAAGCUGAACAAGUUUCCCUACAUUUCCAUCCUCGACCCACGUACAGGUCAAAAGAUGGUGGAGUGGAACGAACUGGAUGUGGCAUCGUUCUUGGAGCAAGCGACCAGCUUCCUGGCAGAGCACGGGCAGCUUGACGGGCCAUCCUGCCCCGCACCCCCUGCCAAACGAGCUCGCUCUGAGAGUCUGAUUGACGCCAGUGAAGACAGUCAGCUGGAGGCCGCAAUCCGAGCCUCCCUACAGGAGACCCACUACGAGUCCUCAAAUGUCCCCGAAGUUCCCGAUUCCCCUAGAUCAGAUGAAGAAUCCGAUGCGGAACCUUUCUCUGACAGCGAGGGUCCCAUCUCUGUUGAUGGCUCAGACAGUGAAACAUUAGCACCUCACGAAGAGAAAAGUUCAACCAGCAAGCACACCCCGGUCCCUUCGGCCACCGUGGCACAGCAACGUUUACAUCCUGACAGUUCAACUUCCUCCCACAGAAAGUCUCCGUACAAAGAAAACAACCACAGUCAUAAGAAAGAGGAGAGCAAAAAGAACCACCUGGAGCCCUCGGCCGCUGGUCCUCGUUAUCCUCAGAUUGGCCCGGAUUCGGGGGGAAACCACUGUUCUUCAGCAGCGGAAAAUGCUGCGCCAGCAAAGACCAACACCACCAACACUUGUGAUGUGGACUGUCCGGACGACAACGGUCCCAAAGCCAGGUUGAUGCUCCGUUACCCAGAUGGACAGAGAGAGCAAAUUUCCUUGUCUUCGAAAGCAAAACUUUUGGCCUUGGUAAGACACGUCCAGUCCAAGGGCUACCCUAAUGAACGCUUCGAACUCGUCACCAACUUUCCCAGAAGGAAGCUUGCCCACUUGGACUAUGACAUCACGCUGCAGGAGGCGGGGCUUUGUCCACAGGAGACUGUAUUUGUGCAGGAGAGGAACUAGCCUUUACCCAGAUACACUCACUUUUUGCUUUUCUGUAUCUCUCUGGUAGACCUCACCCUUUCUCCAAUGAUCUGGGACGAUGAUAUUGGCCUUGAUCCCAUAACAUUCUGUUCUCCAGGAAUUAGGCCUCGGGUUUUUUUUUGCGAAGACAACUCUUAGUGGAUGGACUACUUUCUUUCCCUGCCACUCUUCUAGUCUGAAUACUGACAUCUCUACUGAUAGCCUAAUCACUUUGUAGUGCUCUACCACUGGCCAGUAAAGUGUUGCAGCAUUUUUUUCAAAAAUGUGAUAUAAUCUGUUCCGAUGCAGGCUGCAGUUUGUUAUGAUCACUGAGGCGCAUCAGGAUGGAAUAUAUAUGAUAUAGAUCAUGUUCAAUUAUAAAAAAAAAUGACUAAAAAAAUGGAACGCAAAUUGACAAUGAGGCACCAGGGACUUGUACAAAAAGACUUUACCUCCCAGAAAGGACGUUAAAUGUCAGAGUUUAUUUUCUAGUGCUUCUUGUUAUUUCCUUAACCUGGGGACGGGUAAGGAAGGCUCAUUGUUGUUUAUUUUGACUCAAAUUUGGUCUCUCACCCGGCCAUUGUUUGAACAAUUAUAAUUAUUUGGAAGAAAACGGUUCGCAAACUACAACCCGAGAAAACGUGUCCGACAUCAGUGACACACUUGUGUAGGUCUGGGAGGAUCUGGGUUGAUCUACACAUUUUUAUUCAAGUUUCUAUUAGAGACUAGUAGAUUGUUUUUGGAUUUCAACUUUUGAUACAGAAAGGAACGAACGAAGGGUGGUCUCAUCAGUCGGACCUAUACUGUACAGAGAUGGCUUGGAGAGACUGGUAUUUAGCUGUAGUCAUUGUUUCUUUUCCUUUCUUUUUUUAUAUGCUGCCAAGAAAAUAUGCUGAUGUUGAAAUAUAACCACCAAAACCAAGGGA